CUCUACUCUUUAGCCUCUGCCAAGAAGUGAAGUAGUACUCCUCUUUUUUUCUGAAGAAACCAAACUUCCAAUCAACACCACCAAAAAGUUUCAGACACAGAGAGUUCAGCAGCAAGCAAUGGCAGACUUCUCACCACAUCACUCUCUCCUCCUCAAGGUGCCUGCUACUUCUGCCGGAGCCAUCACCACCAAUGACCCCAACAUCUCAAGCUUCUUCCUCUACAACAACCAGAGCCAUGGCGCCCAAGCACCACAGCCCGCCAAUGCAAAUGCACCAGCUUCAGGAUCAGCAGCAGCAGCAGCAGCAGCCAUUGCGGAUGAUGCCUCAUUGGAGAGCUCAGUGUCUGCAGUUCUUGACACAUCUCCACUGGGAAGCCCAUCUGUGGACAGGAAGAGGAAGGCAGCAGAUGACAGUGCAACUCAUUGCUCUGCACACUCCAAGGAUAGCUGCAAGGAUGGCAAGAGCAGGAGAGGGAAGAAGCCCAGCAGAGAGGUGGAGGAGAAGAGCACCACUGAAGAGGAGGCUCCAAAGGGGUACAUCCAUGUGAGGGCAAGGAGAGGACAGGCAACUGAUAGCCACAGCCUUGCAGAGAGGGUUAGGAGGGAGAGGAUCAGUGAGAGGAUGAGGAUGCUGCAAGCACUGGUCCCUGGUUGUGACAAGGUUACAGGAAAGGCCCUCAUUUUGGAUGAGAUCAUCAAUUAUGUACAGUCCUUGCAGAACCAAGUUGAGUUCCUUUCCAUGAGGAUAGCUUCCAUGAGCCCAGUGUUGUAUGGCUUUGGACUGGACAGUGAUGGCCUCCAAGACCAAAAGAUUGGAGGCAUGUUCCAAGAAGCACUUGCAAUGCCUGCUCCAGUACUGAACCAAUCCAGCCCAGCUCCAUCUCAAGCCAUCAUGGACAACACCUCAACCACAUCCUACUCACUGCAAAGCCAACAAGGAGCCAUCUCUUUCUCUCAGGACAAUGGCAGUUACCUGAUGCAAGCAGUGGGGGAGCCAAGGCAGCAGGAGAUGCUCAAUCAAUUGGUGUUCAACAACAUGUGCUCCUUCCAGUAGGGGGAGAGUGACAGAGAAAGCAAGAGAAGGACCCCACAUUGACAAUAGGAGGAAAUAAUAAUGCUGCAAGAUUGGUAGGAGCAUGCACCAGAUGAGUUUGAGAUGUUGGAUCUAGUCCAUCCCCUUGUCUGGAAGAGGCAGUCCACAUUGUAUGAGGAUUUUGGAGGGAAGAACAGCAAGUAGAGUUACUUUGCUACACAUUUUUCAGAGGCUUGUAAUAUUUUGUAGCUCCUUUAUUUAGGCUCUGCCCAUGAAGAUUUCCUCAACGGCUGCACUGCCACCACCAUUGUACUCUACUUCAUGAAAUUAUUUGUUAAUAUAAAAAGAGAGCCAUUGCUACUGUUCCUAA